AUGUUACGAUAUCUCACACACACCCCAAAACCCCCCAAACAGCCCCUCUACACCCUCACCCGCUCCCUCCCCCCCCGCCGUCCUCUCCACUCCAACCCAGGCCCCGAAGACCGCCAAUCCCUCCACCCCGAACACAGCGAGUACACCAAAUCCGGCACCGACGAUGCCGUCGCGCACCACCUCUCCUCCUACGACCCGUCGACCACGACCCCCGAGCUCGAGUCGCGCGUGCUCGAGGAGGAAUGCAAGCUCCUCGGCGAGGCGGACCCGCUGUUCAUCAGCCCCGCCAACCGCAACGUGAGCCUGCUGCUGGAGGAUAAGCCCGGGGUGGCGAUGCAGGCGUUCGAGCGCAUGGUGCCGAGUGCGAGGGGAUGGACGCGGAAACACAAAGAGGUGCGGAUUCGGCAGAUGGGGGAGCCGGAGUUGGAUCAGUUCUGGAGGCUGUUGAGGGGGUUGAGGGAGGUGCAGGCGAGGAGGGUGGUGAGGAAGGAGGCUGGGGUUUAG